GCCGGCCCCCGCCGCGGUGAGAGGGGACCCUGCCAGCGGCCGAGAGGGGAGGGCGUGCCGGGUUCUCCCGGCGGCGAGGGUGCUCUCCGAGGGGCGACAGCUGGAGCGCACAGCGACCGGCGGAUGCCUUAGGGCCCCGUGGGCCGCCCCGGAGGACUCAGUCCCGGUGGCCAGCGGCUCCCAAGCAGCUCGCGUGCGCUCAGCCUCAGGCUCCCGCUGACGCACCUGGGAACCUCGUUCACCAGCCCCCGCCCGGCACCCCCCGAGCCAUGGAGGCCCCCGAGGUCCCCGUGGGCUCGCUGAUUGACUUCGGGGCCGGGGCCAAGCCAUCCACCUCCUCGCCCCUGGAGGUGCUGCCUCCAAAGCUGCAGGACGGGGACAGCUCCCCGGGCGAGGGCGCGUCGGAGAGCGAGACCACGGAGUCGGCAGACAGCGAGAACGACAUGGGCGAGUCGCCCUCACAUCCGUCCUGGGGCCAGUACCGCCGCUCCUCCUCCAGCGAGUCCUUCUCGUCCAACCAGAGCACCGACUCGGCCAAGGAUGAGGAGCUGCUGGAACGCCGGGAGUUCAUGCGCAGCUACGUGGAGAAGAUCUUCUCCGGAGGGGAGGACUUGGACCAGGAGGAGAAAGCCAAGUUCGGAGAGUACUGCAGCAGUGAGAAUGGAAAAGGCCGGGAAUGGUUUGCCCGGUACGUGAGCGCCCAGCGCUGCAACUCCAAGUGCGUCUCGGAGGCCACCUUCUACCGCCUGGUGCAGUCCUUCGCGGUGGUCCUAUUUGAGUGUCACCAGAUGGACGACUUCGGGCCUGCCAAGAACCUCAUGACCAUGUGCUUCACCUACUAUCACAUCGGUAAACCACACCUGCUCCCCUCCGAGUUCAAGGAGAAGCCGGCCGGGAGCAUCGACUCCUACCUGAAGUCGGCCAAUAGCUGGUUAGCAGAGAAGAAGGACAUCGCCGAGCGGCUUCUGAAGAACACGUCGGCCAAGACGGAGAACGUCAAGGGCUUCUUCGGGCUGGAGACCAAGCCCAAGGGGCCCCUGGCCAGGAGAAGCGAGGAGAAAGAGGGCAGGCCCCAGGAGAAGCCGCAGAAGACGGUGACUGUGUGCAGCCCAGAGGAGGAGAGAAAGGGGGAGAAGAUCUACCUGUACACGCACCUGAAGCAGCAGCCCAUCUGGCACACGCUGAGGUUCUGGAACGCGGCCUUUUUCGACGCUGUCCACUGUGAGAGGAGAAAGCGGUCUCCCACCACCAGAGGGGAUGCUGGAGAGGAGGAGAAGAAGAGGUGUGUGUCCACGUGACUGUCCAUGGACAGU